AUGACCGACUUCGCAGAAUCAGCACUGGCAGCUUCGGUGUCAAGCCCUCCAUCUCCGCCCGCAGAUCAUGUAGCUUCAGGACAAGAUGGGGACAAUAAGUUUCAAAAGGCAAUUUCGGCGUGGAGGACAAUCGACCUUACCUCCAUGAUUCCGUCUCUUGACAACACCGCAUCAGAAAUUGUUCAAUAUCAGAGGGACUCGACCGUGCAGCGCAAGGAAUUGGCACAAAAGACGAAGGACUUCCGGAAGUUAGAUGACGCAAAUAAGCUAUCUGAGAUCAAAGGGUUAUUGAAAGCAUACCAGACCUUUAUAGAUCUCCUCACAAACCACUCGAAGUCUACGAAUUCAGCUUUCCUACAAGUAUACUCGUCCUUAUCCGAGGCCCCAGAUCCAUAUCCUUUGCUUGAAGCAUCUGUCGAUUCCCUUCUGCUAUCUGAGGAUACACUUCCAAAGAUUACACAAGAGAAUGAGCAUCUUCAGAAAAGUGUCAGUAAACUCACCAGUCAAUUAGAAGAUACGGAAUCCAGAUUAGAAACCGAAAGAACUACGCGCAAGAAUCUAGAGGAAGGCUUGGAAAGUAAAGUGAAAGAUGUCGAAACUUCUUGGGCCGCUGUUCUAGAAGAAAAGAAGGACAAUUGGGAAUCGAAGGAGAAAUCACUGGAAGAGAAGGUGGAAAAUCAGGAGCGCUUAUUGAAUGAAAUCAAGGCGAGCUACGAGGUCAACCAGCGUAUGGGACAAUCCGAGAAUGCAGAGGAUGGAAGUCGCGGGCAUGUUACGAGUGCGGAGUUAGAGAUGGUCACAUCUGAUUUGGAACGUACAAGCGUCCGUUUAGCAGAAGUUGAAGCUCGAAAUGAACAACUACGAAUAGAAUUAGCUCAGUCGGCUUCCCAAGUCCCAAGUCAGCCAGCAUUGGCUUUGGAAGACGAGCCAGCCUACAUGCGCUUGAGAUCGGAGAAUUCAUCGUUAUUGAGGAAAUUAGACGCAGCAAGAGUUGAAAGGGAUGUCAAAAAGCGAGAUCUCGAUACCAAGCUCCGAAGUCUAGAGAGAGAAAUUGGGAUGCUCAAGGAAGAACGCGAUUCAUUGAAGACUAAAGUCCAAAAGUGGAGCGAUUAUGAGGAUGUCAAGCAGGAACUAGAAGUUCUGAAGAGUAUCGAAUUUUCUAUGGGAGAUGACGAUGAAACGCAAGAUAUCGGGGCUAGUUCCAAUGCCCCAGAACCGACAGGAAAUGGCUCAUCCGGAAAAGCGAAAGGGGAGACAUUGGAGCAACUUCUUCUUGCAAGAAACAAAAAAUUGAGUGAUGAGCUCACCAUUUUAAGAGUUUCUCAUCAAGAUUUACAGAGUCGCUUGCAAACAAUGCAGGAAACUCUUUCUACGACUAAUGCCGAGUUGGAAAAAGCGCAAAACUUGGUUGCUACAUUAGAGAAUGAUCUGACGAACAUGCAAAAUGGAGUUAGCGCAUAUCCUUCUGCUCCUUCCGUGGCCGGAACAUAUACAAGUCGCUAUCCUCAAUCAGCAAUUGGUCAAUUUGCGUCGAGGAAUCGCAGAAUAUCCCCCACAUCAUCAAUCAUAUCUGGAUUUGAUCCCAGGACGCCCGUGGGCAGCACACCCGUAGACGUCCUUAGAUCAGGCGAGCCUGUAGGGGGAGGUUCAGGUAUUCUCCCUAUGAUUACCGCUCAGCGUGAUCGAUUCAAGAAACGCAACUCAGAAUUGGAGAAUGAGCUUUCCGAAAGUCACCGCACGGUAUCGUCACUUAGACAGGAGAUCUCUGCUUUGCAAAAGGAUAAUUUGAACCUGUAUGAGAAGACAAGAUAUAUAUCAACAUACAAUCGAGCAGGUCCAACAGCUUCAUCGGCCUCAUCUUAUGCCACAAAUCCCAAUCCAUCUACAGUUCAGAUUUCCUCGUCGACUUCUUCUGGACUGGCAUUGAAUCGCUACCGUUCAGCAUACGAAUCCAACAUAUCGCCCUUCGCGGCGUUCCGUGGGCGAGAAUCGGCUCGCGCAUAUAAACGUAUGAGUUUGCCGGAAAGAAUAGUAUUCUCAAUCACCAGAAUGGUAUUAGCGACUAGAACUAGUCGAAACCUCUUCGCAGGUUAUUGCGUGGCUCUUCAUUUGCUGGUGUUCUUCUCUCUAUAUUGGUUAGGUAGUGUAGAUGUAGAUCAACAUGGAAGUCAUCUAGGUCAAGCGGUUGCAGCUGCUGGAGGUGCGAAAGGACUUGUCGAUUCUGCCUCGGAUGCGCAGCAUGGAGAUUGGCACCAGGAAGGAUUCGAUGGGAAGGUUCCUUGA